AUGAUGAAGUCUUGGCUUGAACGCAUCGCGGGUUAUUUCCAACCCUUCCUCUUCGUGACGGUGAUGGCGACAGGUAUCUCGUCUAAUAUAUUGCAGAGUUUCCCCUAUGAAGCACGAUGGUUGCGAGAUUGCUCGUAUCCCAUGUUCGCAUUAGCAUGUUUGUUGUUCAUCUACUUGCAACUACUCCAAGCGCUGCAUAUGUAUCUAUUCAUCAGAAAGAAAUCCUUCACAGAAUACUUCGAUCAAUACUUCAGGGAUAUGACGCAUAACGUUUUUUGGGGAACGUAUCUGAUGGGGUUGAUCACCAUUGUAAAUUAUAUUGUUGUGUUGGCUAACAACGAAGUGAAAAAUCCUAAAGUUGGUAGAAGAAUGAUGAUGUUAGCGUACGUUUUAUGGUGGUACGAUGUAAUACUCUGCCUUUGCUGUACCUGGGGAAUUUCGUUCAUUAUAUGGCGAAAGUUUAACUCUUCCAUUGAUGGCUCAGACUAUCGAACGCCCAAUGAAAAGAUGUCCAAAGAAGGUCUCAAAUGCGCCCUAGUCUUACUAAUCGUUCCCAUGUUUGUGGCAGCAUCAUGCAGCGGUAAAUUUGUGAUGACUGAUUUGUUUACCUCACUUUUCAGUAGAGACAUACAGCUGAUGGUACUUGUCCUAACAGCUCUCAUAUGGCUACAUGCAGUGAUAUUUCUCUUCAUAGUGAUAACUAUCAUCUUUUGGGGCUUUUAUAUCAACAAGAUUCCACCAAUGCGUCAGGUCUUUACGCUCUUCCUGCUCCUUGGUCCAAUGGGCCAGGCAAGUUUCGGUAUCCUGCUGCUAACAGAGGACGUGAGAACAUAUGUCAUUAAACAUUAUCCGAGAUCGACCUCAAUGAACGAUUACGAUAUUCUGCUGCUGACAAUCCCUUGGUGCUUCAAGAUCAUUGGAUUACUCCUAGCGUUGGCUUUGCUAGCCAUGGGUUAUUUCAUUACAGUAAUUGGGUUCAUGGCCGUUGCAUCAAAAUAUAAUGAGACCGCUGAGAUAAAAGAAAAUGGACAAGUACGUGUGAAGCGCAUUUAUCAUUUUCACAAAGGAUGGCUUGCGAUGACUUUUCCAAUGGGUACAAUGUCAUUGGGCAGCACUUACGUUUGGCGGGAUUAUAACCAAUAUGUCCCUAUGCUCACUUUCAGAGUGCUUGGCGCCAUCUACGGAGUAAUUUGCAUAGUUUGGACAAUGGUGUGUAUUGCUGGAUUAUGCUACAAUUCGAUCAUACCUGAAGUAAAAAUCUUAUGUGGACUUAUUACCCAUAGCGAUCAAAAAUCGGAAACGAGCUCUUUAAGCUUCAAAGAUGACCGAAGUUUACACAAUCAAAAUCAAGCAUGA